CUAAAUCGUCACACUAAGCUAGCUAGGACAGCUAGUUGCUCUUAAAUCGUUACACUUAAUACCGUCGCUAACAGACCAGCGUCAGGUUCGACAGAGUAAUUAUGGCUACUCACCCUCAACCAUAUGUUAGACUGCCCCUUGCCGCUCAUAAAAACACUCUUAUUCUGCUUCACGGGACAUCCCAGACAGGUGCAAAGUUCGCCGAGUCGUUUCUUCCAGCGCUGUUCUCACCACCAGCCAGUUCUCCCCCGAUUUCGACCUCCAGCGUCGCCCAUGAGAAAAUUUCAUUUCCAGGAUUUUUCCCUACAUGCAAAUUUGUAUUUCCAACUGGAGCUGCAAGAAGCACAACUGUGUUUGGCGGCAGAGAAACAAAUGCAUGGUUUGAUCUCAGCGACUUCGGAGACAGAACGAAAGGAGAAAUGGAUAUGUUAGAGGGGAUGCGAGAGAGCUCUUUGUAUCUUGCCGGGUUAAUCCAACAGGAGGCUGAACUACUCGACGGCCAAAUAGCUGAAUGUGAUGAACGACCUGGGAGUGUGGUUAUUAUGGGGUUUAGCCAAGGUUCUGCAAUGGGUCUGAUUCUCCUUCUGGGAGGGGAAUUGCAGCAUCGGGGGCUGGUGAAGCGCCUGGGCGCUUUCGUUGGACUUAGUGGAUGGCUGCCUUUUCGUCGCCAAAUCGAGGAGAUAUUUCUAAAAGUCUCUGUGGGUCUCUCCAGCGCUAGUGAAACCGCAGCUGUGAGAAAUGCAACAACUAGCUAUGUGCGAGAACUGAUUGGUCUAGAGUGUGCCGACAACAAAUGGAUUUCCGGCUCAGAGUCCUUGAGCGUACCGGUUUUCCUUGGCCAUGGAAAAUUGGAUGUGAAGAUGAAGUUCGAGUGGGGCUUGCAGUUGAAGAACACCCUGAAGCAGCUGGGAAUGGAUGUGGAGUUCAAGUCAUACGCGGGGUUGGAGCAUUGGUGGAGUGAGAAAGAGAUGAUAGAUGUUGCAGGAUUCCUGUCCCAAACAUGGCAGACUAACAAGUAAAUAAUCGGACUUGCACGGAGAGUUUGUACUUCUCCUAGGGAUCUAGUUCUGAGGAACCAAUUAUGAUCACUACCAUGUGUUGUCAAGCGAAACAGUAGAUCGUGUAAAAUGAGAUGUCAGAGGUUCCAUGUUUGGCCGAACCCUCAGGGCCUUGUCCCAUGGAGGAAUUGAUAAACUCGUUGAUCUAUGGUCAUAUGGUCAGGUCGUGUCU